AUGGACGACGAUUAUAUGAGCUACGAGGAGGAGGAGGACUAUGAUUCCUUCGAUCAAUAUCAGGAGGAUUAUUACGAGGAGCCAGAGUUGCAACGCGUGUCCUCCAAAAACUCAACGUGCCAAAUCAUCACGAUGGAAUCUCUUGUAGCGGCACAGAAGGAAGUUUUGGUUAGGGUUAUGGAGUCCUUAUCGGUCAAGGAGAGCCAAGCUAGGACACUUCUUAUUCAUUACCAGUGGAACGUGGACAACUUGUUCGCUGUCUAUAUCGAGAGAGGCAAAGAAAGCUUGUUCAAAAGUGCUGGUCUUAGCGUCUUUGAUCAUCCUUCUUUGAGUAAAUCGAGGAAGAAGAUGGCUUGUGACAUCUGCAUGGAAGAUGAUUUACCAAGUCAUGCGAUGACGGGAAUGGAGUGUGGUCAUUCCUUUUGCAAUGAUUGUUGGAAAGAGCAUUUUACUAUCAAGAUCAACGAAGGUCAGAGCAAAAGGAUCGCAUGCAUGGCUCAUAAGUGCAACGCGAUUUGCGAUGCAGAUGCUGUUAGGACGCUAGUUUGUCCCGAGUUAGCUGAGAAGUUUGAUCGUUUCCUCGUUGAGUCAUACGUGGACGAUAACAAACUCGUCAAGUGGUGUCCAAGCACACCGCACUGCGGGAACGCGAUAAGAAAAGUGGAUGAUGAUGGAGGCGAGGUUGAAUGUUCGUGUGGUCAUCAGUUCUGUUUCACCUGUCUUGGUGAGUCCCACUCUCCUUGCUCUUGCUUGAUGUGGAAGCUAUGGACCAAGAAGUGUGAAGAUGAGUCUGAGUCAGUUACUUGGUUAACCAUUCACACGAGGAUGUGUCCCAAAUGCAGCAAACCUGUUCACAAGACUGUUGGAUGUAAUCUCGUGACUUGUAUUUGCGGACAGUAUUUUUGUUGGCUGUGUGGUGGAGCUACUGGAAGAGACCAUACCUGGACGAGCAUCUCGGGUCAUGAUUGUGGUAGGUACAAAGAAGACAAAGUGAGGCAAACGGAGAGAGCCAACAGGGAUUCAGAUAGGUACGCACAUUAUCUUCACCAAUACAAAUCACACACCGAUUCUUCGAAGCAAGAGGACGAACUUAGAAAGAUUGUCCGUGAGAAGGCAGCCUUGGUGACAUCAAAGACUAAAGAUUCAACAUUUAAAACCAUGGACUGGGCAGUAAACGGAGCCGACCUAUUAUUCAGAUCACGAAAAAUACUUUCAAAGUCGUAUCCUUUCGCCUUCUACAUGUUUGGAGAAGAGCUGUUUAAAGAUAAGAUGAGCGAUGAAGACAGAGAGAUAAAGAAGAAUCUGUUUGAAAACCAGCAGCAGCAACUCACAGGUAAUAUUGAAACACUAUCAAAGAUUCUAAACGUGUCUUUUGAUGAGUAUAGCUCUGAUGAGUUAAAGAAGAUGAGGGGUGAGACCAGAGAUAUUGGUCUUGUGGUUGAUAAAGUCUGCAAAUUAAUGUAUGAGUGCAUUGAGAAUGACUUAUUGGGUACAGCUCAAGAUGGAAUCAACCAUAGCAUUUCACCUUACAGAUCAGAGGGGAUAGAGAAAGCAGUUGAGUUUUUGUGCUGACGUAUCAGAGAACUUAGAAGACACUAGGUGCUCUUUGUAGCAUUCAAAAGUU